UUCUGUGGGAACUUCGAGUACGAGACAAGGCAAUCGGAUUUGGAGCGUUUGUUCUCCAAAUAUGGAAGGGUCGAGCGUGUUGAUAUGAAAUCUGGUAGCAUGUUUACUUGAUUUUAGCAUUUGAUUUUUGGAACGAGUAUCAUUCUUGCGUCUUAUUCUUUAGUUCUGCUCUGAUGUUUUGAUAUCCAUGCUAAGACGCUGACUCGGAAAAUCCUCUUAUGGGUUUGGAUUCCAAUGGGAAAUUUAGAAGUUAGGAUGGUGGGAACAUGGUAUCCUGGCUUAUUUCACUCUUUUAACAUUCCAUUAGCCGAAUAAUCAAAUCGGGUGUUGUAUCAAUAGAUGGCAUCUACAUGUUUACUUCCCAUGUUGGAGGUUUAAAUCUAUUCCUUGCGAUAAUCAACUUUGUAUGCUCAGUCUUUGUGGGUGGUUGUUCUGUUAUCGGGCGUGAAACAAUACUACUGCCCAUUUGUUAAUCAAUCCCUGAUGCAAUUUUGAAUGAAAAUUAUUAUUAUUUUUUUACAUUUUUACUUCUAAAUUGUCUACAUUCUGUUCACGCCCUAGAGCUAUUUACCUUUAAAUAUUUAUUUUCUAUUUUGGUUUUACACGAAUUAUGUAUCAAAUUUAUUGUAUGAAAUUUUAUCUUCAUGUUAUGAAUGUCUUCUUUGUGGAUCAGCUUUGGUUACCCUAUUCUAGUUUCUUUACCCUUUUUUGCCUCCCAUCCUACUUGUUGGAUGAUCAACUAUAAUGUGAGCUGUGGGUUACAGGGGUGCAUUUUUUUAGUUGCGGACAUGCAUUCAAUUAAAAGAAAGAAGUGUACUAACACAUUGAUUUUCUAAUUAAGUCAAAAUUAUUGUUGAAACACGGGUUCCUUGGAUAUGGAUAUAUGGCUACUGAUGUAGUGUGUGUAUCCGAUAUCUGUAUCUUGGCGGGAAUUGUAAUGGCAGCCACAAAUUUUCAAUUUGAUUGGAGGAAACCGCCAUAUUAAGUGUUUUCUUUGACGCAGGAACAUCUUCUAAGGGAAAAUGAGCUUCCCUCUGGGCUCACCAACUUCUGUGCGAAAAACUUCUACUGCAUGUCUGCUAUCCUUCUAUGCACAGAUGGCAUCAUCCUGCAUUUUCUUCACACGAUCAUCCGUCACUCACCCACCUCACUGCCUAAAGUUGCCAUUCCACAAGAAUGUUCAUGGUUGGAUCAGUCAAAUCAUCAUGCUAUGCCUACCUCUUCUGAUCAUAGGGGAAUCUAUGAAAUCUGUCAUGCCAUGCCUUCCAUUACUGAACUCGUGCUGUAUGAAUGGUGAAGCAUGCUUAGCAAUGACAUCUCAGACCUGAACCUUGGAUUUAAACCUUUAAUAUGCUAUCCUCUUGAUUUUAGUUCAUCAUGCAAGGCCUCUACGGCCUUAUGGUCAUGCAAGGCCUCCACUAAUGAUCAUCCAAGGCCUCUACUUCUUUUGCGCAUCAGCCCUUCACAUAUCUUCAGGGUUUGCUUUUGUUUAUUUUGAGGAUGAGCAUGAUGCUGAUGAUGCGAUCCGAGGUCUUGACAAUAUCCCAUUUGGUUAUGACAGGCGCAGGCUGUCUGUGGAGUGGGCCAAGGGUGAACGUGGCCGUCAUCGGGAGGGUUCUAGGUCAAUGGCAAACCAGAGACCCACUAAAACAUUGUUUGUUAUAAACUUUGAUCCGAUUCGGACAAGGAUACGUGAUAUCGAAAGACAUUUUGAACCUUAUGGGAAGGUUCUUCAUGUUCGAAUUCGACGGAACUUUGCAUUUGUGCAGUAUGAGACACAGGAAGAUGCCACCAAAGCUCUUGAAUGUACACACAUGAGCAAGAUAUUAGACAGGGUGGUGUCUGUUGAGUAUGCUUUGAGGGAUGACAGUGAUAAAUAUGACAGCCCUAGGAGAGGAGGUUACAGUAGGCGUGGGGCAAGUCCUUAUGGGCGAUCGCCUAGUCCAGUGAAUCGCAGGGGUCGACCAAGCCCUGAUUAUGGUCGAGCACGGAGCCCAGUCUAUGAUAGGUACAAUGGUCCAGCAUAUGAACGUAACAGGAGCCCUGAAUAUGGCAGAUAUCGCAGCCGAUCACCUGUUCGGAGAUCAAGAACAUGAAGACCCUUUGAGUUGAAGGGGACAUGCGCACACAAAUCAAACGUGUCAUUCACUGGCUGUUUGCCAAGCUUUAGAAUCAUUAAUGCACAGAAGUAAUUUAAAAUAGUGAGUAGGUUCUUUCCUGUAAUGUGAUGAAGUUCAUGGACCCUUAGGGGUGUGGGGUGUGAAGAGUGAAGAAACCUUAUCUUUUCCUCGUCAAGUGUUCAGAUAUUGGCUGAAUUGGCUUUUGGGUCAUGGAUGUGGAUACAUUUAUUUCUUAAACCUUGUUCAGCCAUAACUAGAAAUAACUCUAGUUGGAAAAUAAGAUUAUCAACUCUGAAUGAAAUAUUAUUUUAGCAUUCUACAAUGUGAUGGAAUGGGAUUCUCAUUUACUUCAA